AUGCUGCAGGCCGAGGAGAACCUGGCUGCCCGCAUGCACGACAACUUGCAGCACAUCGAGGUGGGGCACUCCCAGAACCAAGAAAGGAUCAAGGAGCAGGAGUGGGAGGUGGCGCUGCUCAAGCAGGAGAGGGACGACCUCUCUGUCUUGUUGGCGACUGGCAACAACGCCAACAAGAAGUCCCAGCAGACUCGUAUCUUGGAGCAACGGCGCAAGCGCAUCAAGGAGCUGGAUGAACGCGUUGCGAAGCUGCGAAAGAAAGUCCUGCAGGAGCAGGCCACGAUGAUCGGGCCGAAGGAAGAAGAACGAGAUGUUAGGAAACUCAAGGAAGAAAUCCUGGAGAUGAAGAAGACGCGCGUGCGGCUAAUGCGCCAGCUCAAGAAAGAGUCGGAGCAGCACCGCCGGGCCCAAAGGGAGCACGACCGCGAGGUGAGCACCCUGCGGCUGCGUGAGCAUCAGCGGGUGGCACAGGCGGCGCGGCAAGAGCGCCAGAGUGGCCUCAAGAUCAGUGCGCUGCAACGGAGCAUGGAGGACGCGCUGGUGGACAAGUCGCGACUGGAGGCGGCACUGCAGAGGCAGCAGAUCGACGCCGGCAAGACGGACCCCCUGGGGGAAAUGUGCGCAAACGAUCGGAGCAGUUGCGGACUGAACCGCCAGGCGCGCAACGCCAACACCACACCACUCCUGAAGGUGCAGUCGAAGCUCCUGGAGGCUGAGGCCAAGCUCCGGGAGGUUCAAGAACACAAGGAACGGGAGAUCAAGGGACUAGAGUUGCAGCUGCUGGUCACCAAAAAGGAGCACCGAGAUCGAAUGCUGUGCCUGCUGAAGCACUUCACGAGUACGUCCUGGAUGCUGCAGGCCGAGGAGAACCUGGCUGCCCGCAUGCACGACAACUUGCAGCACAUCGAGGUGGGGCACUCCCAGAACCAAGAAAGGAUCAAGGAGCAGGAGUGGGAGGUGGCGCUGCUCAAGCAGGAGAGGGACGACCUCUCUGUCUUGUUGGCGACUGGCAACAACGCCAACAAGAAGUCCCAGCAGACUCGUAUCUUGGAGCAACGGCGCAAGCGCAUCAAGGAGCUGGAUGAACGCGUUGCGAAGCUGCGAAAGAAAGUCCUGCAGGAGCAGGCCACGAUGAUCGGGCCGAAGGAAGAAGAACGAGAUGUUAGGAAACUCAAGGAAGAAAUCCUGGAGAUGAAGAAGACGCGCGUGCGGCUAAUGCGCCAGCUCAAGAAAGAGUCGGAGCAGCACCGCCGGGCCCAAAGGGAGCACGACCGCGAGUGCGCAAACGAUCGGAGCAGUUGCGGACUGAACCGCCAGGCGCGCAACGCCAACACCACACCACUCCUGAAGGUGCAGUCGAAGCUCCUGGAGGCUGAGGCCAAGCUCCGGGAGGUUCAAGAACACAAGGAACGGGAGAUCAAGGGACUAGAGUUGCAGCUGCUGGUCACCAAAAAGGAGCACCGAGAUCGAAUGCUGUGCCUGCUGAAGCACUUCACGAGUACGUCCUGGAUGCUGCAGGCCGAGGAGAACCUGGCUGCCCGCAUGCACGACAACUUGCAGCACAUCGAGGUGGGGCACUCCCAGAACCAAGAAAGGAUCAAGGAGCAGGAGUGGGAGGUGGCGCUGCUCAAGCAGGAGAGGGACGACCUCUCUGUCUUGUUGGCGACUGGCAACAACGCCAACAAGAAGUCCCAGCAGACUCGUAUCUUGGAGCAACGGCGCAAGCGCAUCAAGGAGCUGGAUGAACGCGUUGCGAAGCUGCGAAAGAAAGUCCAGGAGCAGGCCACGAUGAUCGGGCCGAAGGAAGAAGAACGAGAUGUUAGGAAACUCAAGGAAGAAAUCCUGGAGAUGAAGAAGACGCGCGUGCGGCUAAUGCGCCAGCUCAAGAAAGAGUCGGAGCAGCACCGCCGGGCCCAAAGGGAGCACGACCGCGAGGUGAGCACCCUGCGGCUGCGUGAGCAUCAGCGGGUGGCACAGGCGGCGCGGCAAGAGCGCCAGAGUGGCCUCAAGAUCAGUGCGCUGCAACGGAGCAUGGAGGACGCGCUGGUGGACAAGUCGCGACUGGAGUGCGCAAACGAUCGGAGCAGUUGCGGACUGAACCGCCAGGCGCGCAACGCCAACACAACACCACUCCUGAAGGUGCAGUCGAAGCUCCUGGAGGCUGUGGCCAAGCUCCGGGAGGUUCAAGAACACAAGGAACGGGAGAUCAAGGGACUAGAGUUGCAGCUGCUGGUCACCAAAAAGGAGCACCGAGAUCGAAUGCUGUGCCUGCUGAAGCACUUCACGAGUACGUCCUGGCCUGAUGAGCAGCAGGGGCUCCGCGUCGGAGACGCCACGCUCCCACAAGUCAUCGCGGCGAAAGACGCGGCCGGGACGGCUCACGCCGCUUCUAAGCUAAGUCCAGGUCCUUCUCCCUCUGUAGCGACGUCGUCCGUGGGUGUCGAGGUUUCAUCUACGGCCUGUUCCGUGACGACCAAUAACACUCCCAAAGGCAACGAGGACAUGGACGAGACGACGGACUCCAUCAAGUGGGGCCUCGAAGAGGCGGACCCGACGACGGGGAUGACCCCCAACCCCAACCCGUGGGUAGGGGUGGGCAAGCGCGUUCGGCACAAGGCGGAACAUAACGUUCCCCCAGACGACCGACGACCCCACGACAGCAAGUAA